UUUGUCUUUCUGCAGAUGGUAUUGAGUUUAGUGAUUACGACUUUUGUUUUAAGUAAACGUAAGAUGUUGGGUUAUUUCCAGUACCGUAAGGGACCAAAAAAGUAUAUUUUCCUGAUUAAGUUAUUUAAUAACGAUUGGAGACGGUUUAUUGGGAGUUAUAUUUUUUAUGUGAGCUCGGACUACUCUACCACGUAUUCGUUAUGA